GCAUAAUGACAUCAUUUGUUUAGUAUCGUAGAAAGUUAAUGUAUAGUACCGGUAUAGGUAAAUAUAAUAAUUUUUAAGAUAUCAUGUCGGUAGCAGAUCUUUUAAGAAACUCGCCUAAAGGACGACUUGAAUAUCAUGGAGUAUGGGAUAGUGCUAAAUUAAAGGUUUGCUAGUUUGCUAUAUUUAUAUAAUUUAUAUAAUUUAUAAUCGAUGAGGCUCGGAUGCGAUGAUUCAAUUGACAUAAUAAUUAUAUAAAUUGCUUUUUAAUUUUUACAUUAAAAAAUAAACACUUUUCGGACAAUUUUUUUAAUUAAUAAAAUUUAUUCAAAUAGUGACACUGUCAGUCAUCAUAAUUCACAGUUUCAGUAAAUUUGGAGAGAGAGCACCGCGGCCGCCAUCAUGGUUGCCGCGACCCGCGAACUUAUGUCCUAAAUUUAAAUGUAUAGGCCUAUCCCUGCCUUAACCUAACCUGAACCCUAAAUCUAUCCCUAAACAUAACAUGAACCCUAAACUUAUUCCCAACCUAGGUUUUGACGCUAUCAGAACCAGCGUUUUGACCCUAUCGGAACCAGGGACACAACAUGCAAAUGAUGUCAGUGUCAGCUAUCUCUCCAAAUUAGCCACAGUGUCUUUCUCAAAAUAAAGGCCAUUGUGAUUGUGUUGUCGCCAGUUUGUCAAUAUACAGAUUAAUUUAAUUAACAUACAUUAACAUUUUAACAAACAUUAAUAUUGAUUCAAUUGAUAAUGAUAUUGACAUUUGACAUCAUUGUAAUUGUUUUGUAUUGAUAGAGUUUCGCCAAGCCUACGUCGCCUUGACUUGACUUAGACUUAGAUCACAUGUGUCAAACUCAAGGCCCGUUGGUCACAUCCCACCCGCCAAACAAUUAUAUCAGGCCCACGAGGUCUUGACCGGCGUACAAUUAUAUCCAAGUCAACGCGAUGGUCCUAUGGUGUUUCCCAAUGCACACUUUUCUGAAAAACUUAGCUGAGUUCGCGCUGAGUUUGCACUGCAAUUUAGUGAGUUUGAAGCGCGGAAAUGUAAUUUCGAGCUAUUCCGUAACCCAUUUGCCAUAGGCAUGGAAACUGCACCUGUAAAUUUGUAGAUGGAGCUAAUGAAGCUGCAGUGUAAUGGGACACUAAAGGCAAAAUACGACACAUUUGCACAGUUCACUCGUUUCAUACCUGAACUGAUGCCCCAUCUUCGUCUAUACGCGGCUUGAGCAUGUGAGUAGCACAUAUAUUUGUGAGCAGCUGUUUUCUGUGAUGAAGACUUGCAGUCCAUCAUGAGAAUCUCAAUGACACAGAACAUUACUCCCAACAUAAACAAACUUACAGGUUUUUGUAGCCAAGAAAUGUGCCAAACAUCCAGCUCUGACAAAUUGAUAUAAGAACAAAAAUAGAUAUGCCAUAUGCCAUUGAUUUUUAAAAUAUUAAAACUUUUUUCUGUUUUCAUUUAUAUAAAUGUUUUUUUUUAAAUAUUAAUUUUCCGCUUAUUGAAUGUUUAACCGGUUCAGCCCGCAAACUUACAUGUGAUUUGAGUUUUGUCCACCCAAGCGAUUGAGUUUGACACCCCUGACAUAGACUGACUAACUACCAGACUACUAAGACUUACAAUUUACACUACAUUGUCAUUGAGUUGGCUACAUCAAAAUUAUAAUUAUUGAAAUUUGAUUAUUUAGUUAUUAUCUUUACGGGAAUUUAAAUUUAAUAUUAUUGUUAUUAAUAUUAGUAUUAGACCUUAUCUAUUAAUAGAGUAAUAUUAGUAAUACUCGUUUAAAUUUUUUGGUAAAAUCAUAUUUUUUUAAGGCAAUGGCCUCUUAUUUAUAUUAGAUUUAUAUUCCAGUUCCAUAGAAGGCUCUUUAAUCAAUGGUAUUAAUAAGAGGAAGAGACUGCAAUCCGGUUAGGUAAAAUGAUAUGAAGGAAACAAAGUAUGGGAAAACCUGAGAAAAAAAAGAAGCAACAAAACAUCGAACAUGUUGGCAAGAAACCUUCUUCUGCAAACAAACAAAAGUAAAAACAAUAAAAAUUGAGAAAUUAACACUUAGCUUCAAUUUAGUAUCUGGGAGGACAUCAAUAGGAAUGUUGCUGACUAAUUAAUAACUUUAAAUUUAUUUAACUAAAAUAUGAGAUACCAUAAUUUUAGCGAAGUAUUAAACAAACUUAUUUUCAUGUGUAUUGUAAAUUGCUGGUCUAUCAUCAUCAGAACCAUUCAAUUAUGUCUAUAAAUAUAAAAUUAUAAUAACAAUCAGUCUCACUGCCAGCCGUCACAGUAAUAAUAAAAGCUUUUAAUACUCACUUUAAGUGCCAGGCUAUUAACUGGCCUACUUGGAUUUAUUCUAUAAAGUGCCUUCAUUUAUUGUCACCACUCACAGUACACCUAAAUAAAUACUAAAAAUCUGAUAUAACCCUCAAUUUAUACAAUUAUUCUUAAUUUAUUCAUACAUUGUUGGCAUGGUCUAGGGAUAGUGAACAUACCUGACAUUCACCUAAUUCCGGUCAGGUUUACAGUUCCAAGCACUAAUUAUAUUUUAAUUCAGGUUUUGAUUUCACCUACUUAUUUAGCCGAUUGGUUCAGUUUGUUUUUCGUAGAAAGAUAUAGAAAUAGAUUUUUUAAUGCAUUUUUUAUAAAUUCAAUAUUAGACUUUUUUAUAGUAGUAUACUACUAGUAGUAUUAGAAGGAAAAGAGCGAAAGUAUGGGAAAACCUGAAAAAGGGACGCAAAUAACCAACAAAUAUAUCUACAAGAAGCCUUCUUUAGUGAACAAACAGUGAAACAAUAUAAAUUUUUUUUUAAACUUAGCUGCAACGUAGUAAUCCAAGUAACCACAUGGGAUGAAUGUCAUGUUAUCAUUCCCUUGUUAAACCUUUUCUCCGCCCCUUCAUCGUGACAACCAAUUGCAGUAGACUUGCAUGUCCUUUUUCUGUCCAAUUUUGCCUGUCUUUAAUCUCUCACCUACGAACGUUCUGUCCCAUUCCACUUCAAACUUAUUCUCUGAAGAAGGCUUCUUGCAGAUGAUCCUUUUGUUGUUUUGUUGCAUCCUUUUUCAGGUUUUCCCACAAUUUGUUUUCCUCAUUUCCUUUUACCCAACCUGAUUGCAGUCUCUCCCCUUAUUAGCAAUAGUAGCCGUAGGCCCUUUUAAAUUAAAUUAUCAAUAUUAUUAACCCUAAACAAAUUAUUAGGUCUAUUUAGUAUUAGUGUUAUAAUAUAUUGUAAAGUAUACAAAUUUAAUAUUGAUAAUUAUAUGCCCAAAUUUUGUAAGUUAAUCCUAGGUCUGUUACACAAAGUUAGGGGCAGGCCUGUUACUCAAGGUUUGGGGCAUAGAUUUCCAUUCUUUGAUUUUGCCUAACUAUUCCUUUAGUGUGCUUUCUCUUGGACACUCUCCUUCAACCACCCUCUAAAGCAGGCCUGCACAACUCAAAAUGUAAGACGGGCCGAAAUACUUAAUGAAAAACUUGUGCGAGCCGAAAGAGAAUAGGACAGGACUUGUGCGGGCCAAAAGAAAGAAGGACAGGAGGGAAAGCUAUUAAGAAAAUAAUAAGAAUAAAGAAAAUUUUGUUACUUGGCGGGCGGCAAAGUGGGUGGUGGCGGGCCGCAUGCGGCCCACGGGCUGUAUGUUGUGCAGGCCUGCUCUAAAGAAUGCUCUUGGUUUGGGAGUCCUGUCCAAUCUGGCCUGAGCAGCUUUGUCAUUACCAAAAAGUUAUCCAUAUUACUUUAUCCCUGAAAAAGUCCUUUCCUGGCUUUUUCAUAAUCAUUGCAAUGCACAGAGCUUUGGAUUGCAUUGUUCGAUAUAAUUUCUACUUUGUGCAUUUGUAAUCUAAUUAUCAUUUUGAUUUUAUGAAGAAUACUGUAUUUAUUGGCGUAUAACACGCACUUUUUCUCCCUGAAAAUAGGUUUUUUGUACAGAAACUGAAAAAAAAAGAGAAAAAAGUCCUUAAAAAUUACAAUGAAGCUAACUAGAGCAUUUUUAACAUUCAAACUUAUAUAAUCUAUCUGCAAUCAUUAUUUUUAUUUUCUUAUUUCUUACAAUUUUCACUACAAUAAGGAUGAAAUGGAGAAGCUGUCCCCACCUCCCUUAUCAAGGUUCCACGAGGAAAAGACAACAAACUUCAGUUUUGGGUCUCAGCCAUCUCAAAAUGAAUGCAUGUUUGGUAGGGAUAUAAGUGAUGACAUGGCAUACAGUGAAAAUAAUAACAGCAGAGUAAACUUACUACUGGACUGUCCCAGAGAAUCCACAAUUGCCUUCGAUAGAAAUACAAAUUACAUCGUGUCAGAUGAUGAAGAUGGAGAAGAGAAACAUGAUUCAGGGUGUGUAGUUGUUUGCCUAAAAAAAAUAUUUAAAUUCUCUAUAAAAAUUAUUGCAAAAUUUAUGUUAAAAAAUGUUAAAUUUUUAUAUAUAUUUAAAUUUUUUUUUUUUUUUUUUUUUUUUAAAUAUAAUCAAAGUUUUCUGCUAUCCCUUUCUCAACAUUAAAGAAAUAAAAUUUCAGGAAUGAAGACAUACUGGACAUUAGUGCUCCUUUACCUUCGACAUCUCAAAAUGUAGAUCAUGAUGACUCUGUACAGCAUCCAGCUUCUUGUCCAGUGUCACCCGAGUGGGAUUUGAACACUCGUGCCAUACUUGAUAGGGGAAAGAAGUUUUCUUUAUUGGCACAGGUUUGUAAAAAAAAAUAAUUUUUUAAUGAACUUUUCAUGUUAUAAAAGAAGUUUCAGUAAACUAAAUGGAUAUCAAGGAAUAGUAAAGCAUUUGUUUACUAGAAAUAGUUGAAUAUCAUGUUUAAUACAUAUUUCCAUUUUAAUAGUCAUGUUUUAUUUUCAAAUUUACCCUUGCAUACUUUAUAAUCAUCAUUUUAAGAUUCAUUUUAGUACCUGUAUAUUUCAUUAUAAAUGUGUGAAAUUGAAAACAAAAAAAAGUAUCUGUUUUGAAAUAAAACCAAUUUUCUUUUCAGUUAUCUUGUGAACAGAGGAGGUUAAGCUUUGAGAGGCACAACAGAGAAAUGAACCAAUAUACCAGACUCAAAGAAGCUGAGAUACAUGCAGAAAUAGAGAGAAGUAAUGACAAGCGACAAAGAAUGAUUGACAGAAAGCAAAAACAAGGGUAGAAUGCUUUUUACUUAAUCGUACCCGGAUACUCUGAUUUUGAAUUUCUCAUCUAAAAGAAACACUUCUUUUUACAUUUUCUUCAUUGAUAAAAUAAUUUCCACUGUAGAUUCCGUUCCAACAAUGUAAAGUCACAACAUUCGAUUCUAUGCUUGUUCGCAUUAUUCUCCUAGCAGCAGAGGGAGUCUAUUUUUUGCUGGCAUCCGUCUGUCACAAUGUGUCGAUGGAGUGGGCUUCGGAGGACGAAAUCCACAUGGCCUGGGAGUAUUCAUCAGGGAUUAUAAGCUGGUUCCCACCAGUGGCGUCGCAGGAGUUGUCGGAAUGUUUCAUUGUAUCAAUGUUAUCCGCCUGUCGGGACUCCAUCUCCGGGUUUGAUUUCAGAGUUUCCCCUCUCUUAGAUGAGUUGCCAUCCAAGGUUAACGAGUCCCAUCCUCCCGGGGUGCUGGUGGUGUUUUUUGCUUGACUGAGCUCUGGCUGGAAUUGAACUCCAGACCACCAACUUGAGGUUUGCUCAGUUUAGUCCACUUGGCCACCCAGCACCCUAGAGGGAGUCUAUUAUCAAUUACCAUAGCCAUAAAAAGCGUCAGGUUGAGAAUAACGUGGGUUUUUUUACUUUUAAUCAAAAGAAGUUGGGGCUUGUGCUUUAGCUAAAUUUAACUUCCAGCUUUGGUGAGAACUUGGGCAUUGAAAAAGCCUAAUUAAAUGCCUUUUUUUAAAAAAAAUAAAUUUCCCACUAUACUGUAGUGGUCUCCUCUUAAGAUUAUAUUUCAAAUUAUAAUUAAUGUUACAAAGCUCAAUGUAUGAGUCUCCAUAUUUUUGCUGAAUUUCAUGCUUGACAGUAAAUUAGAUUUUUCUUUAAAGUUUCAUAAAUGUUAAAUUUCCAAAUUUGUAAUCAAAAGCAUAAAAACUCAACCAUUGUUAGCUGUUAUCAAGAUUCCUUUCAUUUUCUCAAACUAUUGCCUAUUACAUAGGCAGUUAAUUUCGAUUAGAAAUUCAUCUAAAGUAACUAACAGGCAAUUUUGUUACAUGCCAUAAUACCACUCUAUAGUUGUUGGUUUUUGCUUGAUUUGUAUUAUAGAUUGGAAGAAACCAGCAAACAGCUUCAGAGAUUGAGAGAGGACCAUAGAGAACAUCAGAAGGUGACACAAUAAAAACAACUUUUAUUGGAGAAAUAUUCGAUCAUUAAAAAGAGUAUUUAGAUUAUUACUGGGUUUUUUUUUUUUAAUAACUUGAAUUUUUUGCAGAGUUAAGAAAAAUGUUGAAUAUUUUUGAUCAUGCAUUUUUUUUUUUUUUAGAAAAUUGACACAAAACAAAGAGAAAUUGAAAGAAAAAGAGAAAUUUUGGAGGAGGAAGAGCGCAGAAGGUGAUUUUUAUAUUAUGUGUUACUUUGUGGUAUCUGUCCACAGAUUUUGACAUUGAGAUAAAAUUAUAUAAGGAAUAUGUUAAAAACAUUACGUUACAAAUUUUAAAAAAAUUAUAAUUCUUAAAUCCUUUAACUUAACAUUUUGUUGAAUUUGCAUCUCCACUGAUUCCUGUUGAAACAAAAUAUUUUUUCAUAAACUGCAUUAUUUGGAUUUUCUGCUUAUUUUGUUAACUCUUAUAAAAAAAAAUUUAACUUUCUUGUAGGCAAAAGAGAGAAGUUGAGAAAAAGGAGGCGCUUCAUUCUCUAUUGAAGCAGAUAGAUGGGAACAGACUGGCAUGUAACAAUCUCAUUGACACUUUCCAAGAUAAGGCAUCACUUCCUGAUAAAGUGGAACAAAUCCGUGGGAUACUAGAGAGAAACUGCUCAGUGCUAGCAUUGCAGGUACUUGUUAAGACCUUAAUUUGACAGCUGUAUGUUGGUGUGGAGAUAAACCUUUUACUCUCAAAUUGACGCAUAACAAUGUCUUCAUUUUUGUAAUUUGCUUCUUUUUGUUUUUUAAAUGGUUUCAUAAAAAAAAUAAUUCAAAUUGCUAUUAUAAAUUUUCUUGAAAAUUGCAAGAGAAUGGGGACAAUGUUUAAAGCAAGACAUUUAUAAAAAGCAAUAUUCAUUUGUACUGAAAAAAAAACUAUAUCCCUCUUAUAACUCUAUGUCCCCUGGCUUGAUUCAGGAGUGAGUAAACAUCAUUAAUAAUAUCUCCUCUGCCUAUAUGGUCUGGCAUUCAGGUUGUGUUACUAGACAUGCCUUCGGGGGAAGUGGAAACCCUUUCUUGGUACGCUAUACAGAGCUAAGCCUCUGGAAUACGUUCUCUGAGUGUUGACAAUUGAGAUUAGUUGGAUUUUUAUGCCCUUGAAAAUUUUAGAAAUAGUUUUCUUUUUUUCCCCUCUUGUCAAUGAGAACAAAUUUAGACAUAUUACCAACAUUAAAUGGGAUUGUGAAAUUUUUUAUUUUUUUUUAAGACAAAGACAUUUUAUAAAUUAUGUAAUAAAAAUUUUGCUUCACAUGUUUCCUAACAUUAGAAAUAGUUAUCAAAUAUUCCAUUAGAUUCAGACAGCUGAACAGUCCACGUGUAUCCCAGAGGAAUUGGUGACAAAGUUUUCUGAACAUAGAGACAAAAGUCAGCAAGCACUUGAGUUACUCAAGAAACAGAUUGGUAAGCUCAUUACAUUGAACAGUUUUUAUUCAACAAGGUACACUCAUAAAAUAAAAAAGUAUUUUAUUCAACAUGGUAAACUCAUAAAAUAAAACAGUAUUUAAUUCAACAUGGUAAACUCAUAAAAUAAAACAGUUUUUAAUUCAACAUUGUAAACUCAUAAAAUAAAACAUUAUUUAAUUCAACAUGGUUAACUCAUAAAAUAAAACAGUAUUUAAUUCAACAUUGUAAACUCAUAAAAUAAAACAGUAUUUAAUUCAACAAGGUAAACUCAUAAAAUAAAACAGUAUCUAAUUAAACAUGGUAAACUCAUAAAAUAAAACAGUUUUUAAUUCAACAUGGUAAACUCAUAAAAUAAAACAUUAUUUAAUUCAACAUGGUAAACUCAUAAAAUAAAACAGUAUUUAAUUCAACAUUGUUAACUCAUAAAAUAAAACAGUAUUUAAUUCAACAAGGUAAACUCAUAAAAUAAAACAGUAUCUAAUUAAACAUGGUAAACUCAUAAAAUAAAACAGUGUUUUAUUCAACAGCCUUUGGGUAGUAGAUAUUUGUCUCCACGAUUAGGUAAAAAGAAAACUAACUAAUAUUUCUCUUAUAUUUAGCGUCAACGCAGAUUGAAUCUUAGAAUGUGCCAUGACUGCAGAUAUCACUAAUUCAAUCAUGAGUCAUGAUUUUGAUAUCACUAGUCCAAUUUUGGAAUCAGCCAUGACUGUAGGCAUGAAUAAGCCAUGAAAUAAUACAAUGACAUAUUAUAAUCUUGUUCUUAAAGUAAAAUUAUUGCUUGGAGUUUAUUUUGGCUUUUGACAUUUCACCCAAGAUUUCCCCAUGUUGUUUAAAUAUCAGAGUUUUAUAAAUGUGUUGAAGUAAUCAGGCCUGUUAUUGGUCAUCAAGCUGAACGAAAAAAACAGGAUCACCAUAAAAUUAUGAGUUUAAAAUAGUUUGAACUUUUUGAUCCUGUGUAAUAGAUGUUAAAGAGGGAUUAAGAGGCAGCUUUAGCAGGUGAAAAAGUAUAGAUUAUUAUAUAUAUUAAUAUAGCAAAAUUCCUAUUUUAUUCAUUACUACUCUAGAAGAAACGAAUGUUAAUAUAAAGGCAAGUGAAGCCAAGAAGCAAGAGGAGCUGAAAAAACAGGCAGAAGAUAAACAGAAACAGAUUGAUGUAGGUGACACCUCAAGUCAUUUAAAUAUACUGUACAUUUACCUCUGAAAGAAAAGUUAUCACUCAGAAUCAGCUUAUGUUUUGCCAUGGUGGGCCCAAAGGUGUCAAAUAAUGUACCAGAGGGUGAUUGCUGGUGUUUAUUAUAGAUUAUAUGAUUUAUAUUAUAAAAAUAAUUGAAAUUUUUUUUUAUUUUCCUAAUAUUAAAAUAUGAUAAUUACCGGUAUAAUAAAUGACAUCAAUAUCUUAUGAAAAAUAUUGCUAGCAGUUUCAAAGGUUUAUAUUAUAAAAAUAAUUGAAACAUUUUUUAAAUUUUCCUAAUAUUAAAAUAAUAUGAUAGUUACCGGUACAAUAAAUGACAUCAAUAUCUUAUGAAAAUGAUUGCUAGCAGUUUCUUAGGUUUUUCAACCAUUUUUUUUUAAACGAGUGGUUGUUAUUUCAAAUAACAUUUUUAAAAAACAACAAAGAAUUGUUUGGAUCUGUAUAUCAUCAGUCAACCUCAGAAAAUUAUAUAUUUUCUUUAAAUUAAAAAAAAUAAAUUUUGUACACUUUUGCAUUAUAAUGGCAAUAUUUAAAAUAAGGAAAAUAGAAAUGCUCAUGUGGAAAUUGGGGAAGGGGGUGGGGGUGUAUUCUGAUGUUGGAAUAGGAGUCUGUAAAAGAUUUUUUUGUUUCAUAGAUUUAUACAACAGGAACAUAUUAAGCUAUACUUCUUUUUUUGUAUUUGAUUUCUCACAGGCCACAAAGCAGUUGGCUGAUGCACAGCAAGACUUCAGAGGUCGGUAGUGUGGUUUUGUGAUGGCAUUUUUAAAACAUUUUUAUGCAUAUAUGUUGUUGUUUUAUUUAACGCUCAAAGAUUAUCAUAAAAUUAUUUUCACUUAUGAUAUGCUUAAUUUUUUAUAUAUAUAUAAUUUUUAUAUAUAUAUAUAUAUAUAUAUAUAUAUAUAUAUAUAUAUAUAUAAUAUGUGAAAAUAUGUUUAUAAUAUUCAAAUAUAUAUAUUUUUAUAAUAUAGUAUAUAUCUCUUUUUAAUAUUUUUAUUUUUAUAUAUAUAUAAUUUUUAUAUAUAUAUAUAUAUAUAUAUAUAUAUAUAUAUAUAUAUAUAUAAAAUGUGGGAACAUUUGAUUAAGAUGCUAAUGCAUGCAUCUUCUUAUGAUAAUGCAUAUGUCUUCUUAUGAUAAUGCACAUGUCUUCUUCACAGUACAAGCCUUUAAGUACAUACUUCAAGAACAAAGUUUAAAAGCUAAGAAACUUUCUGAUGUGGAGGCAAGCAUCAAAGCAUUCUCAGAAAAUGCACAGGUAAAUUUUUAGGCCUUGCUUUCUUAGUAUAACUAGAAAGCUGACAUUAGAUUAUAAUACAGUACGUCAUAUUUAAAACACAUGUGAAUCUAAAAUAAGAAUUGUUAAUGUUCAGUGAACAAAUUUAAAUUUAAUGUGAGGACCGCCUAUGUGUUAACAGUUCCCUGGGUAAAUAUAUAGUCACCCCACCCACCCGAGAACUGUUCAUAUGUCAAGCCAUGGACAGCACCCAGCAGCAUGGUUUAUCAGUCAGAGCGGGGUGGGAAUCAGGCUUCAUCAAUUCACUCUUUUUCUGUUGAAAAGGGUUCAGUACAAACUCUUGCUUAUUUUUUAAACAGAUGAAGAAAUACAGAUUCGACCUCCAGAAGGCAAUCAACACCACCAUCAACGCCAUAUCAGCUGUUACUGGGAGUCACUUGCUGGAUAAGCUGCAGAAACUUCAGAAGCUUCUUAGUGGACAGGUCAUCGAAGUGUCUGGGAAACGCGUCUCUGUCAAGGAUGCCCCGGAAGCUUUGCUUUUCUCUCAAAACUUGGUGGCCAAGAUGCUGGUGGUUAGUAGAAAAAUGAAUGCUGACUAUAAAUUUUGUUUUCUACACAGUUACACAUGCCAAGUAUUAAGCUUUGACAUCUACUUUGUACUUGUUUGGAUCCCACAGGAUGACAUGUAUGUAGAUAGUACACAGUCAAAGAUGUAAAAAGCUAAAAGGAGUGAUCAUAAAUUAAAACAUCAAUUUAAAAUAAAGAGUAAAGUCUGCUAGUUAUUUUACUGUACAUUAAUGUUUUUUGUUUUUUUAAAAUGAAAAUGUGAUUGACAAAAUUAUUUUUUUAAAGAAUUAGUGAAUGAAAUUGAGCGUGGAUUAAAAAAGUAAUUGAUUUACAUCUGUCUCUUUUUUUAAACUUUAUUCCAAGUAGCUCAAACCCCCCCCCCCUACCUCCUAAACUUUUUCAUGCUAAUUACCACCAACAAAACUUUUCAAAACAUGAAAAUUAAUGUUUUUUGUUUUUUUAAAAUGAAAAUGUGAUUGAAAAAAUUAUUUUUUUAAAGAAUUAGUGAAUGAAAUUGAGCGUGGAUUAAAAAAGUAAUUGAUUUACAUCUGUCUCUUUUUUUAAACUUUAUUCCAAGUAGCUCAAACCCCCCCCCCCCUACCUCCUAAACUUUUUCAUGCUAAUUACCACCAACAAAACUUUUCAAAACAUGACAUUUCAGAGGAAGGGAGAAGAGCAAGUGACCUCCAAGCAUGAGACAGCCUUUGGCAUAGCAGGUGUUGUGGUGGGGCUCUGGUCGUCGUUCCCUAUAGUUGGUGAGCUGUUCAUGGCCCACCUGCAGGCCCUGUGUCCUUAUAUACUACCAUUCUACACAACACGGCAAGAUGUCCAGUCAAACAAUGACUAUUACAAGUAAGAUACUUUAAAAACUUUGAUCACUGGAGUUUUAUUUAAAGAUAAUUUUUAAAAUUUCAUUCUCUUUGUUGAUAAAUGAGACACAAAUAACAUUAUGUGUUAAGGUUUAUUUAUGAUUGGACACAAGACAAAAUCAAAUGUUUUGGCAAUGCCUCCAUCGGUACAACAAAAAACAUUAAUGAGAUUAUAAUUAUAAAUUAAAUUUACAUAAUAUAUGAAUAUCCUACAUAUAACUAAAAUGAAAGAAAAUAAUAAGAAUGGGCACAAAUCCGUAACGAAAUCAAUGAUGAAAAGAAUGAAACAGAUUUCUUUUUUCUUUUUUUUUUUGCCUCAAAGUUGAUAGUUGCAGCUAAGACUGUUAGACGUUAUACUUAUAGAAAUUGAUGUAAACUUGACAGUGCGUACCAUCAUCAAUUUUAUGAUUUUAAAAAUAUUUGUAACGCAUUUGAUGCAAUACAUCCAUAAUCAGGUAAGUUUAUAAUUCAACUGAUUCAUUAUCUUUGCAGGUCGGUGGGCUACAGAAUAAACGAUGAUGGGAGUAUAGAGGAGCAGGACAAAUUCCUGCGCCGCAUGUCAGGUCUCAUGAGACUGUACUGUGCCUGCAUGGUCAUCACCCCACCUAGCAUGCAAGCCGGCCAUCACCCCCAUGGUGUGGAGCAAUCGUGGAUGUGGCUGGCCCGCACCAUGAAUCUGGAUCCGCACCCGGACAUCACGGCGGCCAUGAUCUUCGAUGUCCUGUCCGUCACAGGCCAUUUUUUGCUCCAGCAGUACAAGGACCAGUUUGUCAAGCUGUUGUAUGUUUUGACUAAAAACUACCUCCCCACACUGAAGAGCAUCUCAGUGACCAGUGGCACUGUGGGAAGACUGGAACUGUUUCUGUCUAGUUUUCUAAAAAAUCCACAAAUCCCAGCUCCAGAGGGUUACUUUACCCCUAGGUUUUGGUCCACUCAUUAAUUAUAAUUUUCAGAUGUAAAAUUUAGUAAUGAUACUUUGUAGUAGGGUAUUUAAUUUAUGUCAUUUGUAUGUUUUCCUGUAGGCUUGAUAUACUUACCCC